AUGUCUUUCUUCGAACCCGCUCCUGAGCCAGCUACCGAGCUCGGCAGACUGCGCAUCCUGUCUUCUACUGCUGGUGUCCGUGUUUCCCCUCUGCAGCUCGGUGCCAUGUCAAUUGGAGAUGCUUGGUCCAGCUUCAUGGGCAGCAUGGACAAGAAGCAGUCUUUUGAGCUUCUUGACGCCUUUGUUGCAGCUGGAGGUAACUUUAUCGACACUGCCAACAACUACCAGAACGAACAGUCUGAGCAAUGGCUCGGCGAGUGGAUGCAAGAGCGUGGAAACCGUGACCAGAUGGUCAUUGCCACAAAGUUUACUGGCUACGCUCUAGGCAAGGGCAAGGCAGCCAACCAUUGCGGUAACCACAAGCGCAGUCUGUUCAUGAGCGUGCGCGACUCGCUCAAGAAGCUCCAGACCGACUUUAUCGACGUCCUCUACCUGCACUGGUGGGACCACACCACCUCGAUUGAAGAAAUAAUGGACAGCCUACACAUCCUCGUCGAGCAAGGGAAGGUCAUGUACCUCGGUAUCAGCGACUCGCCCGCCUGGGUCGUCUCGGCCGCAAACUACUACGCCAAAGCCCACGGCAAGACNCCCUUCUCCAUCUACCAGGGCCGCUGGAAUAUCAUGCUCCGCGAUUUCGAGCGUGAGAUUAUCCCCAUGGCCCGCCACUUUGGCAUGGCACUCGCCCCCUGGGAUGUCCUCGGCGGCGGCAAGUUCCAGUCCAAGGCCGCCAUCGAAGAGCGCAAGAAGAAGAACGAAGGCCUUCGCAGCAUGAUGGGCAGCAGCGACCAAAACGAAGACGAAGUCAAGAUGAGCGCCGCCCUCGAAGAAGUCGCCAACGAGCACAAUGUCACCGUUACUGCUGUUGCUCUCGCCUACGUCAUGUCCAAGACCAUCAAUGUCUUUCCUCUUGUCGGUGGCCGCAAGGUCGAGCAUCUCCACGACAAUAUCAAGGCUUUGACUAUCAAGUUGUCCGAUGCGCAGAUCAAGAAGUUGGAGGAUGUCAGGCCUUUCGAUAUUGGUUUCCCGAACAACUUUAUUGGAGAGAACCCUGCUAUCUCUGGACAGGGUAACUUCUUGCUCGCUGCUUCUGCUUCCAUUGCAUGGCAGAAGUUGGCCAAGCCUAUUGGCCACGAGUAG